UUUGACCACUAAAAAAAAAAAAGUUUCUUCAUCCGACGGAAGACGAGAUUUUAAGUUCCUUUUCUCUCCGCGUGUGUCUGGAGCAAGUAGCUGGCUCACCGCUGUUCAGAGAAAUAUUUCCUACUUUGAAUAAGUCGGCCAGAAUAAAGCUAAAAUGACUUCAACAAACUACACUAAAGAUAGUGCUUUGAAAACUUCUGGUGAAGAAGCUCCCAUACACAGAAUUCGCAUCACUCUGACAAGUAGAGUUGUUAAAAGUUUGGAAAAAGUAUGUGCUGAUCUUAUCAAGGGAGCCAAAGAGAAGAAUCUGAAAGUAAAGGGCCCAGUGCGCAUGCCAACCAAAGUACUGCGUAUCACUACUCGUAAGACUCCUUGUGGUGAGGGUUCAAAGACCUGGGACAGAUACCAAAUGAGAAUUCACAAACGUAUCAUUGAUUUGCACAGUCCAUCUGAAAUUGUCAAGCAAAUUACUUCCAUUUCUAUUGAACCUGGUGUGGAAGUUGAAGUCACCAUUGCAGAUGCUGCAUAAAUUGUUCUAAAUAAAAGUUGUAUUGUUAA